AUGGCUUAUCGAGAUGCCGUUGUCCCUUCGCAGCAAUUGCGGCCCAACAAGGAAGCCGAUGCAUUCUCGAGGCGUGUGCGCCUUGGAAUCAACGCGAGCUGGCUAAUAAACGUGUUGCUGCUUGUCUCCAAGGCAGUUGUGUUCGGACUGUCCGGCUCCUACGCCGUCCUUGCGAGUGCGGUCGACAGCCUUGUUGAUAUACUCAGCCAAGCGGUGCUUGCGGUAGCUGAGUACCAGGCGGCCAGGUUUGACCAGCGCUUUCCCAUCGGCCGAACGCGCAUGGCGGAGCUAUCUGUGUUAGCAUGCGCCGGUAUCAUGUUCGUCUCUACGGCGCUGGUCAUUCGCGAGUCUGCCGGCAGCAUCUGGGAAGGGCUACACGGUCACGUGUUCCCCCUUAAUGUCGAUGCCGUACUGAUUGGGACGCUGUCCGCUGCCACGGCCCUGAAGCUGGGGUUGUACAUUUACUGCCAGGCGCUACGGAAGAAUCCCAUCAUGGCAAGGCAGAAACCCUGGGAUAUGCGCUGCUCUGCCCUGCUGUGUCCCGUGCAGAAUGGCAACCCCCCACGCGGCGGCACCGUGCCGCUGCAGAUGCUGAUGCUGCUGCUGCCCCCACUAGUUAUAUUUCGAGCAGUGGCGCUUUCCGAGGACCACCUAAACGACGUGAUGUCCAACGUAGCCGCCAUUGCUGGGGCUGCAGUCGCCGGCAACCUGCCGCGCUUCUGGUUCGUGGACCCGGCUGUGGCGGUGCUGUUCUCUCUGCUCAUCAUUCGGAACUGGCUAGCCAUCUGCUGGGAGCAGGGUCAGAAGAUGAUCGGGUUGGAGGCCCCCGAGGAGCUCACCGAGGAGGUGACGCACGUGACUCAGAACCAUUGUACGGAGCUGCAGUUGGAUCGUGUGACUGCCUACCACCACGGUAGCCACAUGGUGGUGGAGGUGGAGGUGCUGCUGCCCGCGGACAUGACGGUGCGGGAGUCACAUGAUAUCGCACUGGCGCUACAACACAAGAUCGAGGCUAUCGACAAUGUGGAGCGAGCGUUCGUACACGUGGAUUACGAGAGGCGCAGUUUGGAGGAACACAAGGUGGAACGAAAUCUCAAGCUGGGGGUGAAGGACGUCAUGAAGCCGCUGGCGGGGCUGGACGCCGCCAGCGGACCCUCCUCACCGGGCGGCCCCCCCGCGGGCAGCGCUCUUCCGACAGCGGCGCUCUUACCCCGGGCGUCCUGCGGCGUCGGGAACAACACCGCCGCUGCGGCCAAUGCUGCCGCCGCCGCCGCUGCCGGCCCCGCUGGCGCGGCGGCGGCGGCAGCGGCAUCAGCGCCGGACGCGGCCGGGGACCUGGGUGUAUUGCUCCAGGGGGGACAGGAGAAGGUCCCCUCGCGGGAUAGUGACUGA